CGACUUUGGCGCGCAAGGAUAUUUGUCAGGAAAAAUCUCAAAAUAUAAUCAUCAAUUAGCUGUUUCAUCGUUGUAAUAAAAGACUUCGAAAUUAUUGUGUUUUGAAAUCGCAAUUUCAACAAGUAUCUGCGAUUGAGUUAAACAUGGUGAGCGAAGAAAUUACAGAAUCUCCUAAGAAGCCCCAGCAGUUGGUCUUCAAGAAUUCGUCGUUCCAACAGCAAUUCAGACCGAUAAGUACGUCCGGGAAGAAGAGGACUUGGCGUUCGCUCAAACAAGUUCUUGCUCAAGAACGAUCAUUGCCAUGGCCACCAGAAGUAGUUCAUUACAGCUGCAUAAAUGCUCCGCCGAGUUUCAGACCCGCUAAAAAAUAUUCGGACAUUUCUGGUUUACCGGCACGGUACACCGAUCCUCAGACUAAAUUGUACUAUGCGACUGCCGAGGAAUUCUCGACGGUAAGGAGUUUGCCGAUGGACAUAACUGCUGGAUACUUAGCACUGCGAGGUGCUUCUAGUAUCGUAGGUUGAUUAAACUUGUCAAAAAAGAAAAUGAAAAUAACAAUAAUAAUUCCACGGUGAAUCGUGAAAAACGUGCAAGUCUUGUGAUUCGCGAGCUAUGCCUAAGAAAAAGGGCGGACGCAAAAAGGUUUCUUAAUAUUUAGAAUAGAGAAAAUAAAAGUAAUGUGAAGUCUGAAAUAUAAACUGGUAUCGAUUUUAAUUGAAAAUUAUAGAUGAUCUCGAUUGCCUAUUCCAUAGAAAAAAUUCGUUCCAAAUAAGAAUAACAAAAAAAGUAUUAAAAUUUCAAUCACUAAUUCUGAUUGUACCAAUGAAAAAAAGAUUCGUGGUCGUUUUGUUGGAAUAAGCAUUCGACCAUUUUAACUGAAUUCAACGUGUGAAUGUUUGUGUUUUGUAGUGUGUGCACUGAAUAAAAUACUCCAUAAAUGGUA